UGUUUAAUUAUUGAGUAAUAGUCUUGUACCUUACAAUUUCCUUUUUUUUAAUAUAUUAUUUUUAUAUAAUAGAUUAUUAUUUCAUUUUAAUUGUUGGUCAACUCCUUUGCAAUAUUGUUUUGUUUUAAUAUUAAUUAUUAAUAAACCAUUGUUAAUAUGGAUAUAUUUCAAUAAUUUCACCCUUAAAAUGCGCAAGAUUUGAAAAUGAAUUUCAAAGUUCAAGGUGCUCUUUUAGACGGAAUCCAUACUGAUUUUAUUGUUGCACUUUUCGAGUAAUUAAAUUUACUUAAUGAAUACAAUUUUUAUCAUUGUCACUCAAAACUCAAAACUUGGUACAUUUUAUUUAUAUAAGCCUGAAUGUUUAUCAACUGAUGAUCAAGGAUAUGAUAUAAAAGUACUAUUUGGAUGUGAAGAUGAAAAUCUUACUGCAGGUGUAGCAAGUUUAUUGCGAGCUUUAAAUAUAGAUCGCAGAGUUAUUAUUUGUUUAAUGUUAGAAAACUCUAACUUCCGAACUAUAAGAGCUAUUCAAGAAAUUAUUUCCAAUUUAAUUUAAAAUAAAAAAAUGCCAUUGUAUGGGCAAGUGGUGAUUGGGCCACCUGGUAGUGGCAAAACCACCUACUGUAACGAGAUGAGUAAAUACUUAACAGAAUUAGGCAGACAAGUUGCAAUAGUAAAUAUAGAUCCAGCUAAUGAUACUUUGUGUUAUGAAGCAGCAGUUGAUGUUUCAGACCUUAUUACUGUUGAAGACGUCAUGGAAUAUGUAAAAUUAGGACCAAAUGGCUCUUUAAUUUAUUGUAUUGAAUUUUUGGAAAAACGACUUGACUGGCUUUUGGAAAAACUCAAGAAUUAUUCUAAUUAUUAUAUAUUAUUUGACUGUCCAGGACAGAUAGAAAUAUAUACUCAUCAUAAUUCAAUGAAGAAUAUUAUGUUGGCAAUAAAAAAUGAAUUGGAUUUAAGAUUAUGCUGUGUUCAGCUUAUUGAUGGACAUUAUUGUAGUGAUCCUGGCAAAUAUUUAUCAGCACUCUUAAUGUGUACAUCUACAAUGUAUCAAAUGGAAUUACCCCAUGUAAAUAUAUUAUCUAAAAUUGAUAUUGCUGUUAAACAUAGAUCAAAAUUAUUAUUUAAUUUGGAUUAUUACACUGAAGUUUUAAGUCUUGAUGAACUGUUAAACGCAUUGCAAAAUGAUCCUUUAACUGCCAGAUAUCAUCGUCUUAAUGAAGCUAUUGUUAGUUUAAUAGAAGGUCAAAACAUUGUUUCAUUUAUUCCAUUAAAUGUUAGAGAUAAAAGAACCAUGGAAUUAGCCAGGAAAAAUAUUGAUAAAGCUAAUGGCUAUGUAUUUAAUUCACAAGAAAAUAAAAGUGCAGAAAUGUUAAAUUCAGUUAUGCAGCUAGAUGUAAAUGAUUUUUCAUUUGAUAUUUUAGAAAAUGUACCUAAUAUUGACUCUCUAGAUACAUAAUAAAUUAAAUAUAAAUCAAAUGUGUAAAAAAAUAGAUAGUAAUUAAAAUAAAUAUUUAAUAUAUAUUAAACAUAACUAAAUAAAAUUUUCAUAUGUACAAAAAAAAAAUUAACUAUCAAUUAACAAAAAUCCUGAACCAUUAAAUUAAUAAAUUACCAUGAUAGGAAUAUAAAAUAAAAAUUUACAAAUUAAAUUCUAUAUUGUAACCACUAUAGUACAUAGAUAGUAUAAUUAUAUUUUAUACAAGUAUUUAAACAAAAAAUGUUUUUCAAUGUUAGGAAUUUUAUACCUUUUUAAAAAAUAUAAAAGUUUAUAAAUAUGGAAAUUUAUAUCUAUUAAAAAUAUUAAAUUGUUCAAGAUACUAUAUACUAAAUUUAUAUGAAAUUUUAUAGUAUUUAAAAUAAAUUUGUAUAAUGAUAAAAUAAUUUUAUUUAAACAUUUUUAGAAUGUAAUAUAUAAUUCAUAAAAGUGAUGCAAAUGUUUACAUUGUAUUAACAUGUAUAAAUAUUAACAAAAACUUGUUUACUCAUCUAAGUUUGUUUAUUAACAGCAUUACAUUAAUUAUCUUGAUUAUUUAAAAAUUAAAUAUAAUUCAUUGAUAAUGCUUUUUCGUAUUCUUCUUCUCUUAUGUUAUUGUCAUCUGUAUUAUUGAUACGGAACCCUAAUAAUUCAGAAACAGAAUCUGAUAAUGAAGUUUUAGCUUCCUUAAGUUGUUCAUAAAUGCUAUAUGCAGUAGUCAAAGCUUGGUCCAAGUUUAUUCUUUCAGACAAAUUAUUAACAUGCU